CGCCGCGGCAGGCCCAUCUCGGCCCCCGUAAGCGAAGGGGGCGUGGCCCGCCCCAGCCCGGAAGGCGGCCCCGGCUGCUGGGGAACCACGUGGAAGCGGCGGCCGCCGCCCGUUCUCUGCGCUGCGGACGCGGCUCUGUCCCACCCCGAGGCCGGGCAUGGCGACGGCGGCUAAGAGGCCCAAGGUGGCCGCAGGGGGCAGCCUUGCUGAGGAUGGCAGUGCUGACACCCUUUCUGGCUUCCUGGAUUGGUGUGAGAAGGUCGGGUUGGAGCUCAGCCCAAAGGUCUAUGUGAGCAAAGAGGGCACGGUGUCAGACUACGGCCUGUUGGCCAGAGAGGACCUCCAGAUGGGAGAAGUCCUCUUCACCAUUCCAAGAGCCGCGCUCCUGUCCCAGCACACCACCUCCAUCCGGUCCCUCUUGGAAAAAGACCCAGCAUCUCUGGGGAGUCAAUCCGGCUGGGUGCCUCUCCUCCUGUCUUUGCUGCAUGAAUACACGGCCAGCAACUCCCAUUGGCGUCCCUACUUCUCGCUCUGGCCUGACUUCAGCAGCAUGGAUCACCCCAUGUUCUGGCCUGAAGAAGAGAGGGUGAGGCUCCUACAAGGCACUGGCAUCCUAGAAGCAGUGGACAAAGACCUGGCCAACAUCCAGCUGGAGUACACCUCCAUCAUCCUGCCCUUCAUGGAGUCCCACCUGGACCUCUUUGACCCCAAGCUGCACACGCCAGAGCUGUACCGGAGGCUGGUGGCGUUUGUCAUGGCCUACAGCUUCCAGGAGCCCCUGGACGAGGAAGACGAGGAUGAGAAGGAGCCCAACCCGCCCAUGAUGGUGCCCAUGGCUGACAUUUUGAAUCAUGUGGCCAAUCACAAUGCCAACUUGGAAUAUUCCCUGGACUGUUUGAAAAUGGUCACCACGCAGCCCAUUAGCAAGGGCCAAGAGAUCUUCAAUACCUAUGGCCAGAUGGCCAACUGGCAACUCAUGCACAUGUACGGUUUUGCUGAGCCGUACCCCGGCAACACAGAUGACACUGCCGACAUCCAGAUGGUGACAGUGCGCAGAGCUGCCCUGCAGGGUGCCAGCACUGAAGCGGAGCGGCAGCUGGUUUCUGAGCAGUGGGAUUUUCUUUGCCAGCUGGAGAUGGUGGGGGAAGAAGGCGCCUUUGUGAUUGGCUGGGAGGAAGUGUUGACAGAGGAAGAGCUGUCCAUGACAUUGAAGGUGCUGUGUAUGGCUGCAGAGGAAUUCAGAGAGUUUAAAGAGCACGAGGGCUGGGAAGAAGAUACAGAGGACGAAGAGAGCUUUACUUUAUCUAACGAGACAAUACCCAGACUCAAAGCCUCGUGGAAGAAGCUGCUCCGUGACAGUGCGCUGCUCACUCUGGAGUCUUACAGCUCAGACCUUAAAGCAGAGCAGGACUUGCUAAAUGACAAGGUGGUUUAUGGCAAACUAAGCCGGAGAGAGCAGCAAGCCCUGCAAGUGCGCUAUGGGCAGAAGAGGAUCUUGCACCAGUUGCUGGAGCUGGCCAGCUAGCAGAUGCCGGGAAGCAGGGAAUUGCAGGCUUUGUAUAAAGCAAACCUUGUGCUCUCUCCCUGGCUGUCAGGAUGGAUGGGGUGGCCACUUGUAUUGAGGAAGAACAGAGGGUGAGAGUUGAUUUGGACCCAGUUACUCCUGAUAUGUCUGUAUUGGCUUUUCAUCUACCUCUUGACUUUUCUACAAAUUACAUACCUGUCUUA